UGUACGUUGCCAGCUGGUCUCGGUAUGUGCGAGUUACAAAACAACACACGUCGUGUAAUUUUCAACCAAUAUCUCCGUUUUUAUCUGAAUGUCAGCAGCUAAUUAUGAUGCCAAUGGAGGAUACAACAACCAUAGGACCAGUACAGAACGACAGUGAGACAUCAGAGUCCAAUUUUGUGUGGCACUGGUGGCCAUCUUGGCGUCCCACCUCAAUGUCUUUAUUGAAAACGACAGAGUCAAAAAUCCUUACUUGCAUACAGAAUGAUUUAUGGGCCAGGUUUGUAACCCUACCCAACCAAGAGAGAAUAUGGACUCUGACUGUUACAAACAAGAUGGCUCGUAAAACCUCAGAACAAGUGGCCAAAACGCCACUGGUGAUGGUGCAUGGUUUUGGAGGAGGAGUUGGGCUCUGGAUCAGGAACCUGGAUGCACUCAGCCAGUCACGGCCGGUCUACGCCUUUGACCUUCUGGGUUUUGGCAGAAGCUCCAGGCCACACUUUCCUUCAGAUCCCACUGAGGCUGAAGAGCAAUUUGUUAACUCCAUUGAACAGUGGAGAGAGUCUGUGGGCCUUGAAAACAUGAUUUUGUUGGGCCAUAGUCUUGGAGGCUAUUUGGCCACUUCAUAUGCAAUCCAAUACCCAGCAAGAGUGUCACACCUCAUUCUUGUAGACCCUUGGGGCUUCCCAGAGCGACCGCAGCCACAGACAGACGAGACCUCGGGUAAAGAGGUGGUAAAGCGGCCUGGUCCCCCGCGCUGGGUCAAGGUUGUUGCAUCAGUACUUUCUCACUUUAACCCUCUGGCUGUCAUCAGAGCAGCAGGGCCCUGGGGUCCGGGCCUUAUAAACAGAUUUCGUCUAGAUUUUAAAAGGCGUUAUGAAGAUCUUUUUGAUGAUGAUACUGUCACGCAGUAUAUCUACCACUGUAACGCACAAAGCCCAAGUGGUGAAGUGGGCUUCUGGGCCAUGUCUGAGGGUUUGGGUUGGGCUAAGAGACCUAUGCUGCAUCGUGUUCACAUGCUGCCUCCUAAAAUGCCCCUUUCUAUUUUGUAUGGCGCUCAGUCCUGGGUGAGCAGCUCAUCUGGAGAAGAGUUGGCCCAGAUCAGGAACAAGGCUCACACCAAAGUGGAGUUAAUAAAUGAUGCUGCUCAUCACGUCUACGCUGACCAGCCACAUUUAUUCAAUGAGGCAGUGGAAAAAAUAUGUAAUACAGUGGACUGACUGCAUGUAAGUGUCUUCUUCUAUUCUAUGUUAAAGUACUGUUUUGUAUCAGACUAUACAAUGAUUACACUGGAAUUUUAUUCCAACAUCACAUUAAAAUGUCUUUUUGUUUAAAACUAUUCUUUCGGGUAAGAGCAUCCACAUUGUUAUCUUUGUUAGAAUCUAUUUGAACUUAAUAACAUAUGUAAUAUUUUACAAUCGUUCAAUAACACAUGUUUGACAUGCCGCUGAGUGCUGCAUUUGUUAUAUAUUUGUUAUAUUGUAUUACUGGAAUAAUGACUUCAGUGUAUUUUUUCUACUUAUUUACCUAUGUCAUGCACUUAAUGACCUAACCAGUAGAGGUCAGUAACGGGUCACUCUGAUCAGCAUGUUGCCAUCACAUUCACCAUGCACUCUGCAAUGCAAUAAUAGCUUUUGAGAGUUUCAGAGAUGUAAUAUUCUUUGAAUGUAUUUUUUUUUUUUUUUUUUUUGAAUGAUUGUAAAGUAAACAUGUGUUAAACUUUUGUUAAGUAAAUAUUUUAUUUCAUUCAAUGAACAAUCAUUUUACAAAGCUGUAUAUUCUCUAUAAUAAAGCCAUUUGUUGUAGGUUUUCUGAAAUU